AUGCCAAUGUCAUAUCCGAAUCUCGCUAUCAUCCUUGUCAUUCUACUUUCGGUGUCAUUAUCCGGACAUGCAGCUCCCUCUUUGCCUCCCGCAGAGACCAAACAAGAUAACUCUCACAAUUCCCCGACAGAUGAUGAUAUCAAAGCCCCUCGCUUAUUCAACCAGUUGACGCCCUUAGUGGUGAUCCCAACUAUCACCCUUGCUCCUGAAGUAUCCCCUAUCGAGACGGGUAGUGGAGCAGAUGAUCUAGAUCAAGGGUCAUUGGAGAAAAGGGAUAACGAACUUGUAGCUAGAAAGAAGAAAAUCAAAUUACCGAAAACGAGCACUACUACCACUACGAUUUCUUAUUCAACUUCCACUUCCACUUCUACUGCGACCAGAUCUUUUGGAGAGGGUGAGUCGACCGGUGUCUUAUAG